UUACUUGUAGUAAAGCCGACAGCUUAAACCAUGUGUAGGCCCUGAGACGGUUUAUGUCACUAAUUGAAAGAAUGAUAAGAUUUGUGUCAAACAUAUUUCAUGUUUUUUCUAUUUUCUUUAAAUUCUUCGUCAUAUAUCACACCUGGAACACCUGCCUCCACCGUCGGUUUGAUUUAAAAGAACAUAGUUGAUAAGAUUUUUGUCUGCAUUUAAGUCGCUUGAACAUUAAGUUCAGCGACGAAAACCUCGUCUUAUAAGAGAGCUGAAUCUUCACACACUCUGUCCCAUGUUUCCUGCUCCCCGUUAGGGGCUGAGUCUAGUCGUCUGCAUAUGAAGCACCCGGUGCGACAGAGAUACAUUUCUUGGUGUCGAGUAAAGCAGAAUACGUUUGAAGGGAGACCAUACAUCUGGGCCAUUUUGUCUCACCCAUACCCAGCAACGUCCGAGGUCUUUCCAGAAUUUAGCCGUAUCUUUAAUUUUUAGGGAAAAUUCUGAAUUUGCAUCGCAUCCCAUUUCCUGCCUCCUCCUCCUCCUUUGCGCAUCCCGUCAUCCAGUGCGAGACCUGGCCCCCUGUGCCGUCCUCCCCUUUGUUUGCGUCUGCGGCGGUGCCGACCGACCUGCGUCUUCGCACCGAGUUCUUCCCGAUCUUUCUCCGAAAUUUACGUUCAACGAGAGUAAGCCGAUCCUCCAAAGGGUUGUGGAGCUCUCCACAAGCCUCUAAUCCAGGUAGCUUUGACUCCUGAGGAGACUGACGCAGGUUGCCUGCUGGAUCACCAUGGCCGAGGCUGCUGACUACGCCCUUCUGCAGCGGCCUGUGCCAUCCAACCAGACAGGGGUGCGCCAGAUCAUUGAAUGCUUCACUGCUGGCACAGAAGACAUCAAGCGGCUGCUGCUUCACGAGGCAGACGUGAUCCUGGAGUGCCGAGUUUGCCGCAGUCUGUACCGAGGUCUGCUCAACUUCGUGUCCCACAAACAGGAAUACUGUGCCAUGCCCUUCAGCGAAUAUGAACAGCAGCGACUUGGUAUGUCUGGGACUGGGUCGUACUUCAUGGACACACCCAUGGCUCCAAAAGCAGACACAUCUGCAGAGACGUCAAUCACAGACAGUCUCUUACAGGGGGAAAGUCUUGUCGUGGUGUUACCUGAGCCGCCACCUGAUGACCCGCAGCCUAUUGUUGGCUCUGCAGCUGAGAACUACAGUAUAGAAUUCCAGUCCAUCCCAGGGACAUCCCAGGCUGUCUACCAGAGGGUGACCAGGCCAAAAUUUGUCGCGGGAUCAACCCCAAACAGUCGUAGCCCUGAAAACAGUAGCAGAUCAGGCAAGUUCGCAAAGAUUAGUCCACCGGAAUGCACCACAUCUGACUACGAUCCCAUCCGGGCAUACUGUCGCCUGUGCGACAAGACCUUCUCCUCUCGCCGCAACGUGCGCCGCCACAUGGUGGAAGUUCACAAGAAGACCCUCCCCGGCAGAACAAUCAUUCCAAGUAAGAGUGGGGACUUUGAUCUGGAAAAACUGAUUUGUCGCCUCUGUAAGAAAACCUUCAUCUCAAAACAGAGCAUCAGACGACACAUGGUGGAGCAUCACGGCAAGUCACUGGAGAUAGAGCCAUCCACAGGAACUGAAGAGAAGACCACCUCCCCAUCAUCCUCUACAUCCUCAAAGUCUGAAGAAGAGCAUGACAGAGACACAAAGAAAGGCGAAAAGAAAGAUGAUGAUGAUGGAAGGGAAGAGGAGGAAAAAGACAAUGAAAAUCAUGCUGCAAAUGACAAGGACAAUGACUCUUCUUCUGACAGUGAUGAAGAAGAUGAUGAAGAAAGUGACAAGGACAAUGAUGAGGAGAAUGAUGCAGAAAGUGUAUCAAAAGACUUAAAGGUUAAACAAAACAUGUGCCAGCAUUGUGACAAAGGUUUCAGUAGUAAAGACACCUGGAAGAAGCACAUGGUAGAUGUUCAUGGUCUGGACCCCGAUGGUGAUGAUCCCGACAAAGAUUCAGAGGAGGAAGAUGAUGAUGAUGAUGAUGAUGAUGACGAUGACGAUGAUGAUGACGAUGAUGAGGAUAAAGAUCAGACAACACCAUCUCGUCCGCCCAGCACGAGCUCAAGUGGCACACCUAAACUCCGCAGCAGCUAUGACAUGGAUCGGAAGUGCUGCAUUGUGUGUGAUCGCUAUUUCACCACGAAGAGGAACCUUAUCCGCCAUAUGGUAGACGUCCACAAGAGACCUAUGUCACAGUUUAAGAUUGGUGCUGAAUAUGACAAGCUGCUGUCUCACUGUGAUCUGAAGCGAAAAAUGUGUCUCAUCUGCAAAAAAGUGUUUGCAUCCAAGAGGAACACCAAAAGGCACAUGGUAGAUGUUCACAAACAGCAGCCCAGUGUGAAGCUGCAGAAAGACAACGGUCCUGAAUCCUCCAGCUCGGAACCAUCGACUCCUACUGAAGAGAAGCCAGCGGGUAAAACAACAAAGCUGCAGGCAAGCUAUGAUUUGGAGAAGAAGGAAUGUCUCAUCUGCAAGCGCAAGUUCAGCAGACAGCUCAACCUCCUCCAGCACAUGAAUGCCCAUGGUCGCCCAGUCAAGUUCUUCCGCUGCCCGUUCUGUGCAUACGAGACGAGGGAGAAGCGCCACGUGCUGCGCCAUGCUGGUAGCGUCCACAAAAAAGGCCCAAAAGACCUGCAAAAGAUUCACACCAGUUUGAAAACACGGGCAGUCAUGCGCAUGAUUGGUCCUGAUGGCAAGGUAAAGCCCAUGGUGCAGCCAAGCUCAAAAUCAGAGACUGAGAAUGGGAAUGGGAAUGAGGAAAACGCCCCUGCUACAGGAAACGAGGUAAAGAUAUCAGAGGCUUUGACCCUACACAAGUGCAAUGUGUGUAAGCGGGCAUUUGCCAACAAGGGGACAUACUGCAAGCAUAUGAAGUGGAUGCAUGGCAGAAACAUCAAGCAAGAAGAAAACUCUGCAAAGAAAGAAGAACAGACAAAUUCUUCUACCAAAAAAGAAAAGGAAGGCCAUGAAAAACAGAGCAUCACCAGCCAGUCUGCAGGGUCAAAGAAGUCUGGAACAGGUGUGACCAACAAACAAGAGGAGAACUCUGCCAAGAAAGAGGAACAGACAAAUUCGUCUACCAAAAAAGAAAAAGAUGCACAUGAAAAACCGAGUAUCACAAACCAAUCUGCAGUGUCAAAGAAGUACGGGACAGGUGUGACCAAAAUCAUGGAUGUACCGAACUUGAAAUGCCUGAAGUGCAACAAGAAGUUUAGUGGACCACAGGUGCUACAAAGACAUGUGCGACUCCACAUGUCUCAGGACUAAGUUUUGGUCAAUCGUCAGCACAGAUUAGACUUUGACAUUCUCCUUGCUGCCUGAAUUGAUUAGGCCUAGGAAAUGUUGUAUUUCUGGUCACAGUCCUGAAAAAGUUAGAGUUGGAAACUAGGAUUCUUGUUUUUUUGUGUGUUUUUGUUUAGAUUUUGGCAGAAGUGAUCGAACAAAUGCAGUUAAGCAAUGUAAAGCUGUACAACUAUGUUAUACAAGCACAAGUAUAUUUAUAACCUAAACAAUGGAGUACAAUGUUCAUUACAGUUACUUUAAUACAUCAAUUUUUCGAAGCCUAAGUCUGUUAACAGAGUGAAAAAUACAUAUUAAGUCUGUUUUGUAUUUCAUCACUUAAAUGUCUGAUCAAAAAGUCUAUGUCCCAUGUCACCUUCGGUUGACCAAAAAAGAGGUCCAGGUUUCGUCUGGUACCCGGAAACACAACAUUUUUUUUCUAGGUUGUACCAAUACAAUAUGUGGUGCCAAAGGCUACUUCAGCAGGGAGAAGGUUGAAUGGUCUAAAAAUUCCCAACCGUUGAGAAUGUCAUAUUGCCUGCCCACUGUUGGUAAAAGGAAUGAAACAAAACUCUGAAAUAAGAGAGAAGCUGUAGGAGUCAAACAUAAACUGUAAUCUCCAACGCAAAAAUUCGACUUUCUACAAAUUUUGGACUUUUCAAGUCCAGUCCAUGUCAACGAAGGAGAAGUCCACUGCUUCUGUGAUGUCAUGUUAUACAGAUAGAACAUUUGACUCUGUCACACAAGCAGUGGAUUGCUCAUUCCUAGACAAAGAGGAGUUGGAAAGUAAAAAAUUUGGGUAAAUCCAUUUUUUGUGUUGGAAAUUACAGUUCAACUUUGGUCCAGAAUCACUUCUACCAACACAGAUGAACUUUCAAGUUAAAUUGUAGGCUUGUCUCCAUCAAACUACCUUCAUUUUAAACAUGAUGAUGAAAACAGAUGGUAGCCUAUGUUUGGGGCUAGAUCACAGAUGAAAUGGUGAAGACGGAAAUGUUGCUGCAUAUUAUGACUUGUACACGUCCAGUACAAUGUCGACGGAUUAGAUGACUAUCAAAUAUGACCCAAACAAUGCCAACUCCUUUAAAAAUAUAAUAAGAUGAUAAGAGUCAAUGGAAUUUCAUGAACUGUUCUUAAACUGAUGGGUUUGCUGAAUACAUGUAUUUGAAGAUGUGAAAUCCAUGUAGACAAUAGAAGGGAAUAGUAAAUGUAAAGUAAAGGUAGAAAGAUCUUCAUGAAUAUAAUGAAGUUAUGCUGCAUUUAUGAUGGAAUAUGUUAAUGUUUUUAUGCACUCGGAGGUUGGAUGUUUGCAUUACCGACAUUAUUCUAACAGAAGAUUUUUUUUUUAAUGUAGUGCAAAUCUCUCUUGAAUGUACUGUAUACUUUCCUCUGAACUUGGUGAUUCUGUGAACACCACAGGGCUGUCGUCAGGAUCUGUCCCUCCGUCCUGGGAUGGAAAUUUGCUUCUUGGGAUACACAAAAAGUUCACACCAUCUGUCCCCAAACUGCUGACAUGAAUUGACUGGUAAUGCCAGAUUUCAGAAUAAAAUUAACAACAUGGAUUCCCUUACAAUAAGUGCAAUGGCCAAAAAAUUAAAGCUGGAGACAGCUCUGGAAUACCAUCUCUGUUUGUUACCAGUGCCAAGUAAGGGCAGUCCCCAUCUGCAAAGUUCCUGUGGUUUGUUAACCUUAAACAUAUGGUUGCAGAUCUGAAUGUUUGGAACUUCCUCAUUGUUGUUCACCAUUGUUUAGGAGUUGUCCUUGAGUCAGUGUGUUCUGUCUGUUGGUACGAAUAGGACAUAGGGACAUAAGCAUUACUUUUGGUGUAUAACGUAUAGUUGUAUAUACAAUGGAAAAAUAUUAUCAUAUUCCCUGGUUGCAGAUGCUUCUAGAUGCCCUUUCCUUACGAAAUGCUCCAAUGUUCUCAGCUGUCCGAAUCGUAAGCAAACACCAUUUAUUACUCCAAAUGGACAUACAAAAUGCAAGAGUGUGCUGUAGGAAGCCCUGGUAUAUCCCCCUCUCAAUACUAUAGCCACCAGUCUCUAAACGCAAGACGUAUUAUGGAAUGGUUUUAUAAUUCGUUCCCAGAAUGGCCCUCAGUCAGUAGUUUCUUAGCGAACAGGCCGAUGUGCCAUAAGAGACUUGCUUCUUUCAUAAGUAUGCUGUAUAUCAUUGUGUGCAGGGAGAGAAGCACAGUUCAGGAUGGGCUUGCCUAUGGUGCUACUAGAAAACUAGUUAUCAAAAUAGCUGCUUGGAGUACAGCUUCACAAAGACAGUUUGCACCAACCUAUGGUCAAUCUUAAUGCUGUAUUUCAGUAUUAGCAGAAUGAUUCCACAUAUCAAAUGGUAGUGUUAUGUUGAUUGUUUGCCAUUAGAACAGAAAUACAUGUAGCAAUGUCUUGCAAAGCUGCCUUCCCUUAAAAUGGAAAGAAAUGCAUUUUGAAUGUCAAGUUAUUUGCACAAUCCCAUCAGUUGUUGGGUUCCCAGAGGAUGUGCAUAUCAUCAAAUCACAUGGCCGAAGACAAGAAAACAUAAAGUAGAAAGUCAAUCUGUUUAGUCAUUGACAUUACCUGAUUACAGGGUGUGUUUCAUCUUUAUGCAAAACAUGGGGAAAUAGAACAGAAACUUUACUACUGAGUAGUUGCCAUUGGUGUUCUCUGACUUCCUCUCAUUCAUUCAUCUGUCUUAUGAAUCUCCAUCUUCCACCAUCAAUUGAUAUUUGCAACUGUUUUCCUAUAUGUAGCCCUACUUUUUUUAAACCUUGUAACAUUACAUGAUUGUGUAUAUUUAUUUUUUCGUCAGCUUUGUUUAAAUCAGAUGAUGUGCAAUAUGUAAUGUUUAGUAUUUAAGUGAUUGUUUUGCUGUUUUGGAUGAUAUAGCAGCUUCAAUGUCAGGUGAAACAGACCAGUACUAAUUUUUCCACUUUUCACAAACAUAGCCAUGUCAAAGUCUCACAACAUGUUCCCAAGUUACUCUAUGAUAGGUGUCCAUGGUUUUUUCAAUGUGCCACAACCUCACAGAUAUUUCUACAUUGACAUGUUAUCACACGUUCCUAUUUUCUGCUGUGUGGAAAGAAAGUCUUAUCGUAAAUUGCCAUGUACCUCAAGAAUGGCCAUACUGUAGUCUUAUUUGUUGGCAGUAGAUGGAAUGCACUGUCAAUGAUAUCCCAAAGAAACCUCAAAACCCCAUUCCACUAGGGCGAACAGGGAUUUCAUAAAAUGAUAGUAAAACUAUUUUUUUUUACGCUUUAUGUGUUUUGUAAUCCUUUCAGUCAUACUUUUGGAUGGUGUCGAGGGGUUACAGAAAUCCAUUUAACAUGUAGGUUGCAGCGAGACCGCUGGGCAAUCACUAUCUAGUGGAAUGGGGACUUCAUUCUAUAGCUGGACUGUAUUCACAUAUGUUUGGAAUCUGAACUCCAGUGUGAAUUUGUCGCCGUGUCAAUACGUCAAUAACGUAUGUCAGGACAGUCCACUACUUGAUAUGAAAAAGCUCAUUCAACUGAUGUUUUAAACUGAAUGCGUAUUAGCAAGAAUGUUACACAUCAAUCAAACACGAGUUACAGGAGGAUUGGUACCAUUUUUUUUUUAAUGCUAGGUCACCUUCAGCCGCAGGUAACUCAUAUCUAUUGUUUUUAAAAGUGGAAUUCAGGGAAAUCAAUUCGAAGGAAGGUGGUUUUAAAUUGCAGUACUUGUAUUUUCAAAAUAUUGCAGUUUGAAACCACGGUCCAUUGCCAUUUAUAUCCGUGAAUGCUGUUUUUAGAAAUAACAGAUAUAGGUUGCCCCUCUGGAUAAAUGUGAACUAACAUGAUGUUGCUGCACAUUUUACCAGUAUUGUUAUUGGCAACUCAUAUAUCCUCUGUGAUAUCACAAAACAUUAUUACAUUAUAUUCAACUCAUGUAUUUUUACUGUCCAAGCUGAGGUUGGUAGGGAAGAUUGUGACUUGGUGGAAAGAAAAUGGGACAUAUGAAGAAAAGGUCACAAUCGUCCUCCACCCACCUCUGCUUGGAGAGUCACUGUGUUAUUUUUUCCCAAGUAUGAAGAGUAUAGUUAUAACGUAGAGGUGAAAUAUGUACUAAGCACAUAUUCAGGAUAUUGUAGAUUUAUGUUCAAGUUCUAAAUGUUGAUGUUGAAAAGAAAGUAGCCAGUGAAGGUUUUGCACAACCCUCGUAGAAAGACAGUGUUUGAGCUCUUCUUUAAAGUCAACAAGUGUUAUUAUUAAUUAUAUAUAUUGUCUAUAAAGGAUAGAUCAAAAUGGAAAGUUGCUAAGAUUUAGCUGUCAAUGACUUGCAGCUCCUAAAAUGCUAGUUUACCUUUAUCUGAGGGGUAACCUUUACCCAUAAAAACGGAUAUCAAGUUGAAAAAUGGUUUCAAAGUACAAUGUACAAUGUACUGCAGUUUGAAACCACUGAACACUUGAUCUUGAUAUCCCCAAGUACCCUUUUUUUAGAAACAACAUAUAUAGGUUACCUCUUGGAUAAAGGUGAACUAACAUUUCAUUUUCCAAAAAUAUGUUUUGGUCAAAAGAACUGUUGUGUACCUUGAUCUUCAGUUAGAGGUGUAAUAUUGUACAUAGAAUAUACUGAAGGGAUGUAUUUCACCAGUGUCAAAGCCAUUUGCAGUUUUCUGAACUAAGCCAUUGUGGACAUGUUUUGAGGAUGUUUUACUCAAUGUGAGAGACUUUUACUGUACCUGUCAAGCCAGUUGGAAAAUGGAUGUAACUCAAGAUGUAAUAAUGUUGAUACAUGAAUGAAAAGAUAGGUUUCCAGUAGUGUAUGUACUUAAAAGAAUGUCAUUAUACCUGCCAAAUUGUCACAUUCCACAGCUGUAGUACAACAUCACUCACCAGAGUUGUUAUGGAUGCUUUGUGGAGCAUUGUACAUUACAUUGGUAUUAGAUGUAAAC